AUGAGUGAUCCAGAAUGUUCUUCAAUAUCUUGUUCCAAUGUAUUUGACGAGGUUUGCGGUGUGGUGCGCACUACCAAUGGAAUCAGCGUCGUCAGACUCUUCCAUAAUGCAUGCCAUUUGAAAAGGAUUAAAUGCAAACUUAAGCCAUACAUAGAUGUACAUCAAGUUGCUGACAGAUUCUGUGACAUUAAGCAUAGAGUCAAAUAUUCGUAUAACAGCGGGCGAAGGGUUAAUGAUUUUAGUAUAGUUGGUGCUCAUCAGGCCUGCAACCAUACUUGUCCCACAUUUUGUGUUGAUACUUAUGAACCUGCAUGCGCACAAAUUUGGAAACCUAACAUGGAGUCAUAUAAUUAUAGGCCCAUGAUCAACCAUUGUCAUAUUGAUUUAAUUUCCUGCGCCUUAGGUGUCAAUGUUACAAUACAGCCUUUGGGCAAAUGUUACAAGAAUCCAUCGGGAUUAUUGUUCAUGACGCAAGUUGCGGCUUUGAAAUCUUUGAAGUUAAUCGAUGAACAUCCUUCUAACUAUCCGAAAAAAGGUUGACUUAACAUAACUAAGUUAGUAACUGACC